AUGGACCGCAGGGAGCACUUGCACUUCAGGGUCUCCCAGGGUCUGGCUCGGCUCCGACACUCAGGCCUGCAGCCACCUCUGCCCCUGCCUGGUCAACGGUUCAGAGCAGAGUCCCAAAAGGCCCCACUCCUGGCCACCUGCCCUAUAGGCACCCUCUGCAGGUGGCACUUAUCCCAUCACCUGGAACCCCCAACCUCUGAGCGCGCCUCCUCAGCCUCCAGCUGCUCUUGGAUGCUGGGCUCAGGCUUACUGUGUCACCAGGAGUCCAAAUUUGAGUACUGCUGGUUAAUGUCUCUGACGCACCAGGUGGACAUGCCCAAACCUGAGCCAAGCAGCGGCCCUCCCAGAACUCCAACCGCCACGGCAGGGGGACUGAAGCCAGGGGCAGAUGCAGCCCGCCUGCUGCCAGCCUGCCCUGAGCUGCGUUUAACAGUUAACCUCACUCCCCAUCCCGUUUAUCUCCCGGGCAGGGGCCCAGUUCCAUUCACCUACCCAGGCAUGCCCCAAGCCAAGCAGGGAGUGGCACCCCGCCCCCUCCCCGCCUCCCUCUGGCUCCGCACCCACUGCGCGCCGGCCUUGGGGGCGCUGCUGGGCCGGCGGGCCGGGCCCGAGGCGGGCUCGGCUGCGGGCUGCGGGCCUGCGCCCUGCGAGCGCCGGGUGCGCAGCCUCCGCGAGAUCCAGUCCACGCUCCGCGAGCAGCCGCCCGAGCGCGCCAGGCGAGAGAAGGAGCUGCUCAGGUGUGACCCGGGCCUUGAGGGGUCCCUCCUUACUGACAUCCUCUACAGGGACGUGGCCUUCUUGAACCUGGUGGACCCCAUCUCCUAUGACCUGCUUGGGAACCUGGCCUGGGACCUGCAGUGCCCCAAGAAGGACAAUGAUCUCUGAAAGUUCUUGGACAAGAUAGGCCAGCAGCUCAUUUACCACCUCACCCCUCAUUCUAAGCAGCAGCGAGGGGCCAGCCUGCCCUGGAGGAGGAGCCAGAGCUGCCUCAAGCGCAGACUGCAGAAGACUCUGCAGGCAGGAGAGACUGUGGACCUUUCAGGUAUCUCUCUGUUGGCACGAGGUGUGCAUCAUGUAACAUGCUACCUGGGUAGCCACGGCACUGGGCUGGCGGUGCUGGACCUGAGCUUCACAGGGCUGAGUGACGAGCUGCUAUGCCAGCUGCUGCCCAGCCUGUGGACGCUGCCUCGCCUCACCCAGCUCCUGCUCGACGGCAGCCGGCUGACACAGGCCACCACGCGUGAGCUCACUGAGGCCAUCAAGGACACCGCCAAGUUCCCGGCGCUGGCCUGGGUAGAACUGGGCAACAACGUGGACGUGGCCUUCCUGCCCCAGUCCCUCUCACUCCCCACCAUCUACAAGGGCCUGGACCUCAGCCCUGCAGGUGGCACAGCUGAGGGCCCAGCCCCUGCCUCCACUUGGGGUUCUGCAGCUGCCAGGCCAGGACCCAAGCCACAGGCCUGCUGCACCAGGUGACCUGCCACCCACUGGGGUUACCACUGCUAUGCACAGUGCUUUCAAGCUCAUGGGACAAAAGGACAGCAGGUGAUGGAAGCCCAGGGGGAUCCACAGUUCCCCAGAGGUCCAGCAUAGGGGCUCAACCUAGGAUUAGAAGGACCGAAGGAAAAUGGGCUCAUAGGAUGCUGGGUGGUCAGGCCAGGCUGGAGUCUCAGACUUCACUUAGCACAAGGGUCUGUGGCACCUGCAGUGUGGACCCUAUGAUAAAGGGUGAUGCCCCAUCUCAACCUUUCUGCAGCGACCACCUCUGCUAUUGGGGUGGGGACAAGGGGCAGGUCCUCCAUGGAGACCACGGCGUGGGGGUCCUGGUGAGGGACUGGGGAGUCAGAAGAGUCCUUCAGGGACCAAGCCCUCACAUCUGGGCAGGGCUUGGGCUCCUUAAGAAGGGGAGCCAGUGGGGAGCCUGUUUGGAGCCCGAAGAAGGACGAAGCUCUGGAGAGAGCCCCACAAAGAGCUCAGGUUGGAGCCCAGGCCACCAACCCACACCUUUGGGCUGGGGACAGUGAUGUGUAGACUGGCAACAAGAGCCACGGCAGCCUUGAGUGGGAGGACUGGGCACUCGUCUCCCACAGGGUACACACUGCACUGCGUGCCGCCCCCGGGAGCCAGCCUCCAGGCCUCCUGCACUGGGUCAGCAGACGGCCCUGCAAGAUUAGAAGACGCACCAGCCAGAGACAAAGAGCUUGUGUGUUCCCCUCCCUGUAGGAGGACAUGCAGGGGGGAGGUGGGCAUAGCCAGCAGCAGGGGGCCUAGGGCAGAGCAGUCCCAGGUAGGGAGGCUCUCCCUCCCUAAGUACCAUGAGAGUGGGCUCCCAGCCAGAAGAACAAUACAGGGUGGCCCUCACAGUCCUGUGAAGGGGAGUUGGAGUUCAGCCCAGCUGAGAGACAGAGAGGAAAGAAACGAAUAAAGCGAUACGGGGGGGAAACUGAGGCAUGAAGCGGGGAAGCUACUGCCAAGCCAGGGUAGAGCCUGGGGGCACUGGGACCCUGCUGGACAAGGAGAGACCCCAAGGCCAAAAAGAAGCCAGGAGCCUCCCUGGGCCCACCAGCCCCGACCUUCCCUGACAAGUUGGGCCCGCAGUGGACGGUGAGGGGCACCCAUCCCCUAUGGGGCACAGAUUCCAGCACAUCCAAGGCCAGCUAGAUGAGUAACUUGGACCAGAAGGGCGAUAACCGAAGAGGUGUGAGGAUGGGAGGCCUCAGGUCACAGGAAAGGAGUGUCCUUAGGCCCCUGAUCUCACUGCUUUAGAUGAACUCCUUAGCUUGAGGCUGUGGGAAAAGUGCAAAGAUCCCUUCCGACAGUUCUCAAGAAGAAAAGGAAAGAAUGAAAGAAAAAAAAAAGUGCUAAGAGCACACAGUUCUGCCUGGCUCUGGUCCUGACUCCCGGUGGGACCUGGUCAGGCCCCUCCCUCUCCCAGGUCACUCCUUUCUCCCCUGUUAAACAAGGCCUACCUCUACUGGGUGCUCCAUCCUGGAGGCCUGGUCCCCUCCCAGCUCCCUUUCUUUCAAAGACAAGGGCAUGCCCAGUGGCUCAGAAGCCACAGAGUGUUUCCCUGUGUCCCUAUACUGGAAUGGGGUUCAGGCUCCCCAGAGAAAGGCAAAGCCAGGUGGAAAGUGGGAGGCACCUGCAGAGAGUCAACGGCUAGGAGAGCCGGGCCGCCCGUCAGGCUGAUAAACCUGUCACAUGCAGGCAACUGAGUUCUCCCUGCCCAUCCUGUUGGAGAAAUGUCAAACUCUGCUUCCUCCUGCCCUCCUCUCUCCCUGCCCACCUCUGGCCAGAAGCCAGCAUGUUCACCCUCAAAUGGCACUGGCCAGAGAUUCCUACCAGGAUGGUGUGUGAGGACCCAAGCUGGUGUCCCAGGCGAGCCCUGGAAAAGUCCAGGCGGCAGCAGAUGGUCUCAGUCUUUCCACCUCUUGGGCAGAGGCAUACGACAAAAUAGCCAAGCUGGAGCCUUCAACAGCUAAAGAGAAGUGGGGAAGCUCGGCUUCACUGCUGUGCAGGUGUCCAUAGCUCUUCAAGGAGGACCCUCAACAUCCGGGCCUCAUGACCACCAGCAAGACCUUCUACAGGCCCUGACAUUGAGCUCCAAGAAGCAGCGUUUUAUGCCUCCCACAGCCUGGUUGGGCAGAGAGCACCAGCCAGGACAACUCCAGCCAGAGCUCCAGACAGAGGAGGAGGAAGCAGGUGGGCCACGCCUAGGCGCGUCCUCCUCCAGGCCCAAUCUUGGAGGCAGACAGCCUGGCCUUGGUCCCAGCUCCGUCACUUGCUGGCACUGUGGUCCUCUCAGGGCCUCUUCCCUCCUCUUGGGAAUUGAGGUACACCAAGCCCCCCUUUUCCCGCAUGAGUGAUGACUGCCAUGGUGGUGGUGGGGGUGGUAGGCACUCUUCGGUAUCAGCAGGGCCUCCAUCCAGGGCUCUCUGAGUGGCAAUGGCAGGAGCCAUUGCCGCCUCCCAAGUAGCUGGGACUGCAGGAGCCCGCCACAAGCCCUGGCUAUUUUUUUGUUGCAGUUUGGCAGGGGUCAGGUUCGAACCCACCACGCUCCGUAUAUGGAGCGGGCACCCUACCCACUGAGCCACAGGUGCCGCCCCAGCCAUUUAUUUAUUUAGCAAGCACUUUUGUAACCUCUCUCCCAGCUAGGUACUGUUCUGAUAGCUUUACCUCUGUUUUCUAAGUGAGUCAACUAAGGCAGGAAGAGGCUAAGUGACUUGUCCAGUCGGAAGGGGAGGAGCUGGAGUGAGCCCCUGUAGCCCAGCAUCAGUCUGUGACAUUAACCACUCUCCUACAGCCAUUCUAGGGACUGUCACUGGGGCUUGGUGUGCCCCCGGAUUCACCUAAAGGGACAAGCCCCUUCCAAAGAGGCCAUUGGAGGCUGGAGGAGCACUGUGGUCCUGUUGUAGGGAACAGACCUCCAGCAACACUGUUCCUGGAUUAAGACCAGUCAGGACACCCACCCUAUCCUGGGCCUCUCAUGCAGAUAGGUGGGUUCCCAGCCUACACAAACCCAGGCACUGCCUCCCUAGAAACGCAGUCUCCUCCCUGGGGCUCGGCCUCCUCAUGCCUAAGCCUUCCUCGUGGGGAUGCUGAGAAGAACAAAAGGAAACAUAAGAGAUGUCGUGCUCCACGGGACCAAUGUGACCUACACUUGAGAACUUUUCUGUUCUGGUAUCACCAGCCACUGUUCACCCGAACGGCCAUUUCCUGCAGGGCGCUGCUGGUCAGGCCCUUAUCAAGGUGGGAGGAGCCUAUGUAAGGACAUCUGGAGAUUGUUUAUUCAUGUCCAAGGCCUAUUGUCAUAGAUAAGUCGGGGAACUGGACUCCACUGUUCCGGGCAAGGACCCAGGGCACUCUGUGCACCAGCUGAAGUGUCGACUAGCUAUAAAUUCAGUCUACAGUGAAAAUGCUUUGAAGAUAGAACCACUUUAAGAUAGGGGGAUAUUGUGUAACCUCAUAACCUAUGAGGGGGAAUCUGUUUAAUGUAUACUACGAUGAGUAAUAACAUUGCCAAUGUUUACUUUUACUGUAAGCAUAAAAAGUGAUAAAGGGAAAGAGGAGGGCGGAGCAGUUCUUUGGGGAGAUAUCCCUACUGCUCCCGGAAUUGCUGGAUUUUCUGUAAAUAAAAAUGAAACUGUU